AUGCAUUAUCUUGGUUUGCAGAUAACACUUAAGCUAGAUCCAGAAACUGAGAUAAAAAAAUAUGGUCCAAGGCCUGGUCCAUUAGAUGAAAUAGAGGUAAUAGUAAUAACUUUUCUUGAUAAUUCAUUAAAAAGUUCAAAAUUUUCCUUGUACAUGUAGUUAAAAUUUGGUGAGAUAAUGAUGUUGUUUUUGCAAAUCAGAUGUGGUCCGAGAGACUGGAGAAGAUCACUUCAGUUAGUGAGCAGCUGUGUUCACAGGUGGCCCUCAACAUCUUGAUGAACCUGGAGGAUGCUCAUAGUACAUAUGCGCAGUCAUUCCACCUUGUUAAAAGAGAAAUUGCCAAGGUUAGAACUUGACAAAAUGAAAAAAAUCAAUGCUAUUUACUCUGAUAGUCACUUGAAAAUAUGCUGAAAUCAUUGUAGCAUCAUCAUCAUCGUCAUCAUUAUUGUUGCUGUUUUUGUUGUUAUUUCCAGUGAUUUUAAUAUAGCUGGCAGCCGGCAAAAGUUGCCACUUUCUGGUUGUGUUUUGCCAGCUACUCUGUGGGGUUAUUUUGGAGAUUCUUUAGUUAAGGGUGGCAAAACUCGACAGCUGUUUUAGCUAUGAAGUUCGAACUGUGCGUUUUCAGAGAAAUUAAAAUCAUAAUUUGCAGUCCUAAACCCACUAAGCCCUAAGAGUGAUGGCACAAAAUUUCUCCUUGUAACACCAAUGCCUUAUAACACAGACUUGUCAUAAAAAUUAAGGACAUGAUCACGGAACAGUCGAUCUAAUAUUGAUAACUCAGCUAAUUCUCCCCAUUACUUCUUUUGGAAACCUAAGGACAACAAAUGAGGCUUUUAUUACUGAUUUUAGUGUUUGAAUGGUUAAUAUGUAGUACUUCCUGGUUAUCUUUACUGACAAUAAUAUUUUGAUGCAUCUGGUGCUUAAGGCGGAAUCAGAGACAAAUGACAAUCUGCAGUUCCUGAGCACUCUUCUUCCUUGGUUUGAGAAACUCCAUUAUGCGACAAAGUCUGCAGAGAUGGUGGUUGUGUUUCCUCCCUUGAUGCACUCUAUGUACCUUGUGUGGGUCUAUUCAAGGUUGGUGUCAAGGUCAUGCAGUCAUAUGACUUCUAAGGGUGACUAUUAUUGCGACCAUGCAAAUCAAAAUAAAAAAUUCAAUUUGCAGUUUUAUUAG